UCCCUCAAGAUGGCGCAGCGUUUGUUUCUCUGAGUGCGAGUGGAGCGCGGCUUGUAUUUAUGACAUUAACGACGGAACGGACUGUUUUUUGAACAGAAACACAUUUUUUUUUUUUAAAAAAUAAAAAACAUCUCGGCUGCUUAGGCUGUCAGCUUUAUUUAAGUUUAUUUGCUAAAACAUCAUGUCGACAGAGGAGCUGUCAACCUCGGACAGCGAAGCUGCCGUAGCAGGUGCCGGGGAGCGAUGGGCACCGGUGGGAGCCGUCGCUAACCCCGAGGACGAGGACUUGGCCAAAGGCAAGAGGAGCGAGUCGGAGCCCCAGCGGGAAGGCUCGGCGUCGCGGGGCGUCGUCGAGAUGGCGAGGAGGCUGCAGAAGCUGGAGGAGGAGCAGGAGCAGCUGAACUCCUCGCUGUUGGCUCUCACGUCCCACUUCGCCCAGGUGCAGUUCCGGCUCAAGCAGAUCGUGCACGCGCAGAGCGACGAGAAGGAGAAGAUGCUGCUGGAGCUCGAAGAGUUCGCCUUCAAGGGCUGCCCGCACGUGCUGGGCUGCCGCGCGCGGGAGGCGCAGCUGCUCGAGAACUCGGAAGGCCUGAGCGAGAGGGAGAAGAGGGAGCGUCUUGAGGCCCAGAGAGAGAAGCAGAAGGAGCUCAUCAUCCAGCUGAAGACCCAGCUUGAUGAUCUGGAGAGGUUUGCAUACCAAGAAGGCAGCUAUGAUUCCCUACCCCAGUCUGUAGUGAUGGAGAGACAGAAGGUGAUAAUUGACGAGCUGAUCAAGAAGCUCGACGUGAAUUUGAAUGAGGACAUUGGGAACCUGUCACCUGAGGAACUGAGGCAGAGGGUGGACGCUGCCAUUGCCCAAAUUGUGAACCCUGCACGUGUGAAAGAACAGCUGGUGGAGCAGCUCAAGACACAGAUCAGAGACCUGGAAAUGUUCAUUAACUUCAUACAAGAUGAAGUUGGGAAUCCUCUUCUGUCUGAUGGAGAUCAUGGAAGACAAGGAGGUGUAUCAGGUCCAAACAUGAGAGGCACAGGGGGGAAGAGGAAAGUGGACCCAGAACAGGCACAGAAGAUGCGAGAGACAGGCUUGCAGCUCAUCCAGCGAGCACUGGCUGUGCUCCAGAUCUUCGCUGUCAGUCAAUUUGGCUGUGCGGCAGGCCACGUACCCCAGAGGGUGUGGUCCCAAGGCAAUGGUGCCCAGGACUACGGGCCACUCUUACGGCGGUUGGAGGGGGCAGUGGAACGGGUGCGGCAGCUGGCCGUCAGCCGACAGCACUCGGACGAGCACGUGGUGAGCUACAGCAGUGGCACCGUUGGCAGGGGUCGUGACCAGCUCACAGCCACUGUGCGCAAAGACCUGGCUAUGGCACUGCGUGAUCUGCUGGCGCACGGCCUCUACUCCCCCUCCCAGGGCAUGAGCCUGGUGCUGGCGCCCAUUGCCUGCCUCCUACCGUUCAGCCCCGGCCCUCAGGCCUUGCACCCCUGGGAGCUUUUUCUCAAGUACUACCACUCCAAAAAUGGACAGGCCUUUGUGGAGUCACCUGCUCGCCAGCUCUCGCAGUCCUUCGGUUUGCCCGUGGGAGCAGGCCCCGUGACCAUCACGCCAAAGCAGUCUCUGCUGUGGGCGGUGCACUCCGUGUUGCGUGACCACGAUCCCUACAAGCGCGGCGCUGACUCGGAGUUCAAGGCCUUGGUUUGCAUGGCUCUCAACGAGCAGCGGCUGGUCUCCUGGGUCAACCUGCUGUGCAAGUCAGGCACCCUGGUGCAACAGCACUACCAGCCCUGGAGCUACAUGGCUCAGACAGGUUUCGAGGGAGCCCUGCGCACCCUGGGUAGACUCAGCCACCUCAAGUUCAGCCUACCCGUGGACCUAGCUGUCCGUCAGCUCAAGAACAUCAAGGAUGCUUUCUGAAGUCGCAUUGUUCCAGCAAGAACCCGAAACUGAUCCCCUACAACAGCCGACUAGCUGUAUAUACCGUCAGGAUUUAGACAGGGACCAGGGUGCGUGUGAUGACACACGCGCCACAAACGUGCAUUUCCUCUAAGUGCGUAAUUUUGCAUUCUGCCCCAAGCUGCGAACCAAAGUCUAGUCUCCAUGCUUUGAGAAGCUUCGCUCAGUCAGUCAGGGGUUGGGGGAAAAUACAGAUUCAUGGAUUAUUUCAUUCACUGAGAUUGAAGUUACACUGAAGUGCGUAAUGCUUCAUCGUGUUUCUAAUUUAAUGGGCCGUGAACUUACUUUGUCCCUGUUGGGAUGAAAUAGCUUACAGUUAUGUAAGAUGGCUCUCAGCUGAGCAAAGUAAUAUUUUAAUUACUUUAAUUCGGGACCAUUGUUCAUGAGGUCAUUUAGGUUGGCAUGACUCCAUUGUUAAGCCCUGUGGAGUCAUGUCCCUAGCUGUUUUAGAGCAAGAAAAAAGUAAAACUAUGAGGUUUAACCAUCCCCAGCUUGAGGGGAAAAAGCAUUUUGUUUCGCAUGUAUGGGUUGUAUUUUUUUAUAAUUAUUAUUUGCUGUCACUCCUGGUCAAGUGUAUUUCAGAUAGUUCAGUCCCUUUAUUGGGGCUGUUAUUUAAGUUCCAGAGAUGGGUAACGCUAUGCUCAGUAGGAAAAAAAAUUAAAUGCCUAAGUACUGAAAUGUCUGAAUGUAUUUAUUAUUCAUAUGUGAAUAAUUGCAUCUGAAUGCUGGCAAAUACAUGGAGAAGUAUGUAGUUUAUGUUGGUUUUGAAUUUUAACAAAGAGCUUACAUAUAUAUGUCUACUAUGUAUGGAAUAACUGAUUUUGAGAUGGUGUAAGUUAGAAUCAUGGAGAUUUGAGGAUGUAUUCUGUCAACUGCUGCUUAUUUAUUUGAUUUCAAAUAUCAGUGAUUUUAAAAAAGGGUUUAUAUAAUGCUGUUAUUUUGUAUUUAAGCGGAUCAGUUCCUUGGAGUACUUUUCAUAUUAAAUUCAAGUGACUGAAAUUUAAAAAUCCCACAAAGACCUGAAAGGAGCCAAUGAUAUUUACAUAUCAAGAUGCAAACUGAAUGUACCAAUGUUAAAUGAUGUAUGACAACAAUUUUUAAAAUUCUUUCUGUAGCUGGAUGGUACCCGUUAUGUUUUUCUCCAGUGCAUGAACAUUUCAUGGCACCUUUACAGACUUUGCCUGAAGGAGUGGCUUGUUUCACAGGCUGUUGGGUGUGCUCAGUUUUGUUCUAUCCCAAGUGCUGUUUGGUUUGUGAUGUCACUAUUUCAACAGUACUUUUUCCCCUCCUGUUCUUUUCCCACUCCCAUUGUGUGAAAGUCACUAAUUAAAAGGUAGCUGUAAAAUUUGUAAGAGCUGGCACCUAUAAAACUAGUUCUCUUUUCUGUUCCAUUCGUCUUAAAUAACUUAAAGAGUUUGUGCAAGAUGCUGAGAAAAUGUCAUGUGGUGGAUGGAUUUGGUUUCUAUCAAAAUGGCCCAGAUACAGCUCUGUUUGGACUUCAUUUCUGCUAUGCUGGAGUUGGAAAACAAUAAGUAUGAGAUAUGGAAGUUUUAUUUUUUCCUUGUUUUAGUUAUUACAUGUUGUCACACAUAUCUCCAUAUUACAUAUUUCUCUUCUUCGCAUAUGUUUUAGAUUGUUUACCGAAACACUACUUUAUCCUCGGAUAGGACAUUGAGUACUUGCUAUGUGACGUACCUACUUAGUUUCUGGGGCUUGUGCUGUAUUUACCUUGUGUCGUCAUUCUCAAUCACACCAAUGAACUGAGACCAGACCUUCUGCUUUUGUCAGUGUGUGGAUGAGAAAGAGAUUUUUUUUUCCCCAGUGUGUAAACCUUAAUAAAAUCUGU